AUGCAAGCGCACUUGAGGCCGUCUGACGGUCCUGGUCGCUUCAGCAACGCCACUACACCCCACGAGUGUCGCUCGUCUGGAAAGCGAGGGCCUCGUCUCCAGCCCGGCUGCGGCCGGGCACCUGGCGUCCACCACGGGCGUGCACAGAGGGUGCAGCGGUGGAAGAUCCCAACUCAUGUCAUCUACUCGCAGAACGCACGUGGGCUCAAGACCGACAGCGCUCUCACCGAGGCUAUCGACGCUCUCCGAUACCGCUCAGGCUUCUCUGCCGGGCUGCAGGAGACGUGGAGAACGGGCCUGGAGGAGAUUGAGGAGGACGGCUUCGUCUUCCUCGGCGCUGCACCCGCUGUACAGAACGGACGCGGCUCAAAAGGAGUCGGCAUCCUGCUCUCGCCACUGGCUGUCGCUGCGUGGCGAGCAGCUGGAGCCGUUGUGCACAACGACGUAGGCCCGCGGGUUAUCGCAGUGCGUAUGGAGGUUGAAGAUUCGGCUGGCAGGAAGCAGGGACUGUUUCAGGUGGCGUCGUAUGCGCCUAUCUCGACAGCCCCGGACACCGAAAAGGACGAAUAUGAGACCGCUCUCGCCUGUGUGCUCUCGCGACGGCAGUCCGGCGACAUUGUGAUUGUUUGUGCUGACACUAACGCGAGCAUCGGACGCGGCUGCCUUGGCGGCCAAAAUGUCAACUACGGUGCGGUCGGUUCUCAUGGUAUCGACUUUCUCAAUGACUCUGGGCGCCGCCUGCGCUCGUUCAUGGAGCUGCACGACCUUGCUGCACUGUCCUCGUUCUUCAAGAAGCCGUUUUACGGGACGUGGCUGCACCCGUGCAGUAAGCUGCAGAAGCAGCUGGAUCACAUCAUGAUCUCUCGAUGCGACUUGAAGAGAUUCACAGACGCCGGGGCAUGCUGUGGACAGUUGAUCGACAGCGACCACAGUGCUGUCUUCUGCAAGCUGCGCUUCACAGUGCGGCUUCGACGCAAACUGGAGCCGCGUGCUCAGCUCGCUCGACUCGACACCGCACCGUUGCUGAACCAGGACCAGGCGGUCCAGUUCGCUACGGAUGUGGUGAUGAGCCUCGGCACAUCCGACGCCUCGGCCGUAUCGUACUCAACACUGGCCAAGGCGGUGGAAAAGACCGCUGCCGAGACGCUCCCCAAGCGUGAGCGGCCUGCGCCGCUGUGGUUUGCGGCGAAGGAGGGCGUUUUGCGUGCCGUCAUCGCGAACCGCAACGCCACCUUCAACGCUCAUCAGCGGCAACCGACGGCGGACGCUGCCGCUCGAUAUCGAGAGGCGCGCUCACGCGUGCAGCUCGAAAUCAGGCGUGCCAAGUCGGAUUGGAUCCUCGGCAAAUGCACCGCCAUCAACGAUGGCAUCUGCGGCGCCACGGGAUCCGCGGCCGCCUGGGCGACCGUAAAGGUGCUCAAGGCUGGCCUCGCGCCGCCGCGCCGUGCACCACCGGCAAAGAUGAAAAAGGCCGAUGGCUCUCUCGCUGACACGCCAGAGGAGAAUGCGAGCGUCUUUGCCGACGCGUUCUCCCAGCUGUAUGGUCGAGAGGCGUCCUUCGACCCCUCGGUGCUCGACGACCUGCCGCAGAGGCCGGUCGCCGUUGGUCUUGACCACGUACCGUCGGACGACGAGAUUCAGCUGGCGACGAGCAAGCUGCACGCUACUGCUCCGGGCCCAUCAGGCCUGCAUGCACGGCUGUGGCAGGCUCUCGUGUCGACGAGCGACGGAUUUGGCUUCGUGAGACAUCUCGUGCAACACUUCUGGGAGACCGAAGAAGACUCCAUGUACGCCGACGACGCGGGCCUCGCCUUCUGCUCUCGGCGCGGCGUCGAGGUCGAGACGCCCAAGGUGGUCGCGCACUUCGCUCGCUGGGGCAUGGAGAUCCACGUCGGCAAGGACGGCUCCAACGGCGAGCCUCGCAAGGACUCGAAGUCGGAGGUGCUCUUCUGCGCGGCGGCGCCGACCUCGUACAACAACCCCGCCACCUACGACGGCGCCGACCUGUCCGACAUCAAGCUGCCCGGCGGCUACUUCAUGCCGUCGGUCAUUGCGAGUGGCGCCAUCGCUUUCAUUGACGCCGGUUGGAUAGUUGCAUACGCUGCGGCGGGUGGCGUCCUCAAGCCUCGACAAGAAGUUCCCAACGUGGCCUUCCUCUCGUUCAACGACCUUGUCUUGGCAACCAGACGAUCUCUGUGGGGACUACCCAUCAUCGCCCUUUCCUACCCGUGGCUGACCCAUGGCCACCCCGAUCCGGACGGCGCCAACCUCCGCCGCGUGGCAAAGGCGCUCAAGGCCCUCACAAGUACCGGCCAGCGGUUUGGCGUCUUCUGGGAUUUCCUUUCGCUGCACCAGCACCCCGAUCCCGCCAACGACCUCAUGCGCACCGAGGCGCAGAACGCGCUCUUCAAACAGGGCCUAGGCUGCCUUGGCACGCUCUAUUCGCAUCAGCACACGCUCGUGCUGCGACUACCCUCCUUCCCAGAGGGCUAUAAGAAGGACCUGGCCGACGACAAUAAUGUGAGCGAGUAUGCUGACCGUGGAUGGUGCGCUACCGAGUCAGCAUGGUCGAGCCUCACCAAAUGGUCGAACAAGUCGCUCGACCUCGGCCGGAUGAAAAGCAACUACCGCCUCUUUGCUUACCACAACCUCAUCAAGGAGUGCGCAAGGGGGGGCGGCCGGCGGCCACCAUUGUUGCCGCCACAGUUCACCGAGGAACUAGAGGAGAAGAGCUUCACCAAUGGCAAGGAAGACAAGCCGCUCGUAAAGGAGUUGUACGAGGCCUCCUUCAAGGAGCAGUUUGCGGAAGUGACCGUUUUGUACUAUGACUGGCUCCUCUGGGGCGACGCAGAGGCGGCGCAGCUGGCAGUGAUUUUCGCAAAUGGGUUCGCCCCGCGGCUGAAGAAGCUCAACCUCGAUGGCAACCAGAUUGGCGACGAGGGCUGCAAGGCGCUGGCCGUUGCCCUCGGCAAGGAGGGGGCCGCCCCGCGGCUCGAGGAGCUCGAUCUCAGCCACAACCGCAUUGGUGAUGAGGGGCUCAAGGCGCUGGCCAACGCCCUCGGUAAGGGGGCUGCCCCUCGGCUUGAGAAGCUCUCUCUCGAUUUCAACAAUAUUGGGCGCGAGGGGCUCGAGGCGCUGGCUGUCCUCCUCAAGGAGGGAACAGUCCCGCUGUUGAAGGCCGCGAACUGA